AUGAAGGCACUCGUUGAACAGACUGAUGAGACUGCGCCACGGCGCCUUAGUGUGCCCGAAAGGGCAGAGCGACAUACUAAGAUUGCGAAGCGGCUGCCAGGCCUAGACAUCCGCAACCGGCUUGAACCUUCAGAUUCGCUGGUAGACGCAUGCGUCUCGCUUUACGAGCAGAACCGGCUCAACUUCAUUGAAUGGGAUCGAUUGACAAGCAAGGAACAGGAGGCAGAAACAACGACAGAGUUGCUGUUGCAGUUUGCCCUUACGCGAAGGGGCAUAGCCCUAGAGAUGGGGAAUUUGCUCGACUUCAAUCUUCAUGCAAAGUGGGUUGAUCGUUUGCUGUGUGCCCGCCUCGACCAGGUUCCACAGACGCAUGUUCAGACUAGUUUCGGCCAACUCCAGCUUGCGGACAGAAAGCUCUUUCAGCUCUUAGCUGAGAAGACUCGAUCCGGUGUUCAGGCCACUCCGAGUGGCCGCCCAUUGGACGAUGUGUUCGAGGGCACAUGGAUGGCCCCUGAAGUACUGCACAUCUUGCAGCCGAUGCCCAGGCCUGCUGGGAAUGCUUCGCAAAGCAAGGAUACCAGGCCAGGUCCGUACACGCCUCCGGGCGUCCCUUCGGAUAAUUGGGUGCCCUCGCGGAAGGGUAAAGGCAAAGGCAAAGGAAAGACCAGAGCCUCUUCAAGGCUUCCUGCUGGCCUCGAGGGCUGUCGAUCGCAUACGAAUGCCGGUGAGCCAAUCUGCUAUGGCUUCAAUUUGAAGACUUGCCAGGAGGUCGUGGCCAGGGGCAGGUGCAGCAAGGGGUUGCACAUUUGUGCAUGGCCCAAGUGUGGGAAGAGCCACGCAGCAGCUGACUGCCCAGAGCGGGCUAAAGCUACGAAGCAGUCGUGA